AUGAGGAAGCUAAAGUAUCAUGAGAAUAAGCUUUUGAGGAGGGUGAAUUUUUUGGAAUGGAAGAGAGAAGAGGGUCACAGAGAGAAUAUGGUUAUGCAGCGCUACCAUAUUACUCAACGAGACGAUUAUAAAAAGUAUGCAAGUUUAACACGGAUGAUUCAGAAGUUGGUGAGCGCAGUGAAACAGAUCGACGCCAAGGAUUCCUUUCGAGUUAACAUGACUGAUAACCUUUUGGAAAGACUUUACAACAUGGGUGUGAUUCCAACCAGGCAAAGCAUCACACUAUGUGAAGGCUUAACUGUGUCAUCCUUCUGCAGACGGAGGCUCUCAACUGUUUUGGUUAGACUAAAAUUUGCGGAACAUUUGAAAGAAGCUGUAACGUAUAUUGAGCAGGGGCAUGUUCGGGUUGGACCAAAUACAGUUACAGACCCAGCUUUCCUUGUAACUAGAAACCAGGAAGACUUUGUUACAUGGGUGGAUUCGUCUAAGAUAAAGAGAAAGGUGCUUCAGUACAAUGACAAGUUGGAUGACUAUGAUUUAAUGAAUUAG